AUGGAGGGAAAUAAGUUGCAGGUUGAGGUGGAGGUUGGGAAGGAUGCUCUACCUCAGGCAAAGGAGACCUGGCAAUUUUUUAAAGCGUCUGAUUCGGAUGGAGAUGAGGAGGCAUCGAGUGAGAAAGGUGGUGACAAAAGUCCGCCGCCUGGAGAAUUGGAUGGAUCGGAGAGCGAGGGUUCGCCCGAAGAUGAUGAGCAGUUAGGGAUACAGAUGUCGCUUGAAGAAGACCAUUAA